AGACAACAAAACAAACAACCCACCACAGUUUUGCCACGCCGGCUUCUUCGCGUCUUCUGUGUGGUUGAAGGCCUAUUACCCCCACACGCACACCAGAACGUGUGUGCCUGUGUAUACUGACCUUCCUCUUCCUCUUCUGACAAGUGGUUCUGAGGCGCCACUGUUACCUUCCGUUCCGCCCUCGUUUCAUCAACACAGCGACCGCACAUCCCGAACAUCCAUCCACACAUCAUUUGUUUGUAACGACCAACACAAACAACUCACAAGACAAACAGCAGCACAGCACAAGGAGGCCGCACGCGCCUGCUCGCGCACUGCCAGAAAACACUCACCGGCGAGAAGCAUCGCCGACCGUGUUGAUGGCGCGCCCACUUGGCCGGGCACUCGCCCGCAGCCCCCGCCGCCGCCACCCAUCACCGGCAUGCACCGGGAUGCUUGUGACCGCGGGGCUGCUGCUCGCAUCCUUGUUACUCGGAGUGGCGGUGGCGCAGAACACACCGCCCACCUUCCAGGGCACCCCCUUUAUUGAACUGUACAUCUUCAACGUUCCCGAAACUAACGACCCAACAUCAACCGUUGGCACCGUCACUGCAACAGACCCCGAUGCGGGGCAGACCCUCCAGUACACGCUGUCUGGGAGUGGCUCUGCCGCGUUCAAAAUCGACCGUAACACGGGUGUGGUCACGUCGCGCCUUCCGCUCGACGCAGACUUUGGCACCACCACCUACGACGACAUCACCGUGUCUGUCUCAGAUGGCGUGGACUCGACCACGGGCCGCAUCCUCAUCGCCAUCACGGACGUCAACGACAACUCGCCCGUCUUCAACCAGGACCUGUACACGAUGAAGGUGGCUGAGGAUCUCGAGGCGGACGUGACGUUUGCGUCUGUGGAGGCGGUGGACGUCGACGUCUCGACGCAGAACAGCCGCGUGACGUACUUCAUCAUUGGCGGUGACCCGGAUGGCAUCUUCCAGAUUGCCACCGUCAGCGGUGAGGGCAGGGUCUCUGUUGCCACGCAGCUUGACUACGAACGCAACAGGACCCACACGCUUGUGAUUGAGGCACGGGAUGGUGGGACGCCGACCCGCACAGGCAACACCACCCUCUUCAUCGAAGUCACCGACGUCAACGACAACGUGCCAGUGUUCAGCCAGUCGCUGUACGAGGUCAACCUGCCCGAAACCCUCCGCGAGCGCCCCGCCCGCCGCCGCCGCGCCGUGGGCACUGUUCUGGUGACCAUCUCCGCCACGGACGACGACACGGGCGACAACGCCGAGGUGCGUUACUCCAUCACCGGCGGCAACGAGCUCGGCCUGUUUGCCCUCGACGAGGUCACUGGCGACUUCACCCUGGAGAAGCCCGUCGACUUUGAGGAGCUCACCAACCCCGUGCUCGACAUUACUGUCGUGGCCACGGACCUUGGCGGCGCCGUGUCUGACCCGGCCACCAUCCGCGUCACCGUGCAGGACCGCGACGACCUCCCCGUCUUUGAGUCGGACCAGCUGCCGGAGCUGACCAUCUUCGCCGGCGACAUUGGCCCCGUCGGCUUUGCCCCCGUCGUCGAUGAUAGCCGCAAGAACACGUUUGAGUGCCGCCUCACCACCCCUGGCACCCCAUUCACCGUCGCCGCCGCCACGAGCGGCGCCACCGGCUGCAACAUUGUUGCGCAGUCCUCCACCACGGAGCUCGGCGGGCAGAUGUUCACCCUCAUGCUGGAGAUUGCCGACCAAGUCGGCGUGCUGUCGCGCACCCGCGUCGUCGUCAACGUGCUGCCCACCAACCGCGACCCGCCCGAGUUUGCCAUGGACAUCUUUGAUGUCCUCCUCUCCGUGGCCACGCAGAUUGACACCACCGUGGUGGACCUUGGCGUGACAGACCCCGAUGGCGACGCCGUGUCCUGCAAGCUCCUCUCCUCCCCCAAGGGCCUCUUCCGCAUCGACGACUGCCAGCUCGUGCUGGACUCGCGCCUGCCCACGGAUGGCCCCACCUUCUUUGACUUGCUUGUGGAGGCGUCGGAUGCGCCCACGCGCGGCAACCGCAACCUCACGUCCACGGCCCACGUGCAGAUUACGCUCACGGGCGUGUGCCCGAGCGACGACGCGUCCUGCACAUGCGCGGACGAGGGCGCCACGCCGCCCAACUGCACCCCAGACCUGUGCGAGGCCUUCCCUUGCGUCAACGAUGGCGUGUGCUCGCAGGGCGUGAGCAACCAAGGCCUGCCCGAGCGCAAGUGCAUGUGCGCCAACUUCUUUGGUGGUGACGACUGGCGAGGUGGACGCCCCACGACCACCACCACGACAACGACGACGACGACGACCACAACCACGACGACAUCGCCGCUGGCCACUGUGACGUUCACGGUUCCCGACGAUGACGAGAUCAACGACUGCUCCCAGUGCCAGAACGGCGGAACGUGUGUGAGGACACCCACUGGCCAGGUGACGUGCGACUGCCCACGCGUGCAGCAGGGCCGCUUCGAGCUGUGCUACGAGAACGCCGACUGCACCUCGCAGCUCCCCUGUGACCAGGUGCCGUUCCCUCGUGGCGAUGCCACGGGCUCCAGCACGUCCACGCCUGCCACCCGCCCUGAGCUGACGUGCGAGUGCCCGCGCGUGCGCCAGGGCGGUGUUGAGCGCUGCUACGAGGAUGCCCGCUGCACCAACCUGAGCCCCUGCGACGAGGUUCCUUUCCCCCGCGGCGACGCCUCUGUCUCCACCACCGCUGCUGCCACCGUCACCUUUACCGUGCCAGACCAGUUUACUGUCUCGGACUGCACUCUGUGCCAGAACGGCGGCGUGUGCGCGUUCACUGCCAGCGGCCAGCAGUUCUGCCAGUGCCCCCGCGUGCCGAUUGGGUCAACCGACUUUUGCUACGAGAACUUUGACUGCACGUCGCUGCAGCCGUGCGACCAGGUGGAUGGCCCCAACGGCGACCGCUCCGCGUCGACCAACUCGACGACGGCUGUGCCCAUUGCAGUGAUCGUGGGCGGCGCAGUCGGUGGUGUGGUCAUGCUCAUCAUUGUUGUUGUGGUGAUUGUGCGGUGGCGGUGUCGAAGCAAGCGGCGUGUUGCCGUUGUCAAAGAAGGCCCGCAAGCAUAUGCAGAGAAUCCCAUACCAGUGACCGUGCGGUCUUCUGGCGAGGGCGAUUACGACGUGGUUGAGGCGGUCUAUCCCAAUGUGAACAUGCGCGAGACGCAUGUUGGGCUUGGAGGGCGGCGACCGGGCAGACGGCACUCAACGAUGAGUGACGGGAGCGACGUGCGGGGACUUCACCAAUGGAACGCAACCGUGUACGAUGUUGGACACCAAGAAAGCGAUGGUGGAAGAAUGCAUGCACACGACUGGGAUGCAGGCGACUACGACAUCAAGAAUUCAUCACCACCUUACGAGACAGUUGGAAAGCGACAGCAAUCGACUCCUGCCAGCGCAUGCUGAGUCGUCAGUGUUGCGAGUUGUACACCUGGCUCGUUGUGUUAUGAAACCUUGUUGUGCAGAUGUUCCUAUCAUGAUUCCCAUCCGCAUCCUUUUUGUCACUGGAAUGAACUCAUUGCUUGACCAAACACCCGUUACACAGCAAUCAAUAAAGAAAGCAUG